CUCGUGCUCUCUCUCUCUCUCUCUCUCUCUCUCUCUCUCUCUCUCUCUCUCUCUCUCUCUCUCUCUCUCUCUCUCUCUCUCUCUCCAGCCAAUCAACAAACACUUGUUAGGAAAGAGAGUCUUACGUUAUCAUUCUUUAUUCAAGAAGGGAGGGGAGAGAGAGCAGUGAGCUGAAUUUGUUAGGGAGGUGUGAGCUGAAGGAGUGGAUAAAGAGUUCAAAACGAAAGGAAGUAGUGGAUAAGGAUUGAAAACAGAAAAGUAGUAGUAGUGGAUAUGAAGGAGUUAAGGAGUAUCAAUGAUCAUGAUGGAAAAAGAUUACUCCAUCCAACGGCUCCGAUGGGAGCCAACAGCUGGUAGUUCAUCUGCGGAGCAGCGAUCAGGAUGAAGCUGAAAUUAGAAGUUGGUGGUAAAUACCAAAUAUAUUGAGCACCUAUCAUACGGGGGGGGCAGCAGGACAGGCGGGAAAAGUUACAUUUGUCGGCAAGUUCUGUGGCGGGAAAAGUUAUCUUUGUCGGCAAGUUCAAUGGCGGGAAACAUCGGAAGUUUUUCCCGCCAUUUCCUUUUUUCUCGUAGAACCCAUUGAUUGCUGCCACAGUCUGAUCAUCUUCAUUCCUGCUCACUUGUUCUCGGAUGCAGCCAUGUCAUCCUUGAGCUCCAAGCUCUGCACUUCUGGAAUUUGUCAUUUCUUCCCCAUCCAUCCGUCGUGUACCUACCCAUAAUCCAUCCCUUGAUUGCUGCAAGCUUUUGCUGUCCAUCAGCUCAGAGUGUUCUUAUCAUUCCAACUUACUCCCUACCAUUUUCACUCGCUUUCGCACCCACCCUCUUCCUCCACUCUCUGUCUCUCUAUAUCUCUCUCACAGUCUCUCUCUUUCUCUCUGUCUCUUUGUCCUCUUUCUCACAUUCUUCUCUCUCCCCCUCUAUCUCUCUUCCUCUCUCUCUACUCACACUACUGCUUUCCUGGGUGUAUCUGACCGCAAGUAUGUCCGGGCGAGGAAUGAACACGUAGUAUCAAAGAGGAGAGGAGGAGGAGGAGGAGGACGACGAGGUGGACGGUAAACGAAGAAGUAGCGCGGCAGCUUCGAGGGCUCCUGACGGCCAAGAGGGAACGUUCCACCUGUGGCGCUGGCCUUGGCAAUUGGGAAAGAAACGUGUGCCCUGCUAGCUCGAUCGCACUAGAACAGAUGCCUGAUGCCGACGUCGACGUCAACCAGGACGACCGGGCUGUCGCAUUUCAUCGUCACUAACCUUGCAACCCACUUCUUCACGCAGUCUGCUCUGCACGAUUCUUUCUUGACUUGGGUUUGGGUUCAAUUUGUUUUCUGUUUUGUUUUCGUGUUUUUUUUUCUUCUUUUUCCUUUUCUCCAUGUAUCUCUUCUUAUGUCUGUCAGUUCGGCUGUUUAUUCCUCGCUCUAGAUACUGAGCUUCUCUCUCCCCGUGCUUAUGAGUCGGCAGAUUCCUUAUCUGCCUGUGCGCUCAAUGUGAUUACUAUUUCCUGUCUCCUUCUUCGUUUCACAUUGCGUGGGUGUGUAAGUGUUUAGAAAGGAUAUAAGCGGGUGAACAGUUGCGAUGGGGCCGGGGGCAUGGCGAGACGUUCCUUUCUCUAGAAGCAGCGAGGUCGAGAGAGGAGAAUGGGAUGCCACAGACCCUACGGCGCCACCGCUACCACCUCAGCCCACGGAAUAUCACGUGCCGUUACGAGAGGAAUCUUUCUCCUUGUCACCCUCUGGCCUUGCGCCCCCGACAUCUCCGUCUCAGGUCUCCUCGACGGCGGAGCCAUGGCUGUCGCUUGAUGAAGAUGGUGGGCGGCAGCUGGGUCGCCGAGCGGCAAACGGACGAGGAGGGGUAGCAGCAACACAAACGGGUGGGGUGGCGGUUUCUCCUUUCCCCAAAGCGCCGACUUCCUUAAUCGGGGAAGAAGGCUCCCUUUAUCCGCAACUGAUGAUUGGCCGGGGAACUGCCGACAGGGAGGAGGAACAGCAGCAGCAGCAGCAGAGGCAGCGGCGUUGGACAGAUGAUGAGGACAUGUCCACGCGGCCUCCAUCAGCUUCACCGGCAGUGGGUAAUUGGGGAAGGGAAGUUGAUGAAGGGGAAAGAAGAACAGCGGGUGAAGGAAGCGUGCCGUAUUACCUGCCUGUAGGCAGUAGAAGUGGAGGGGAGGAGAGGGCAAGAGAAGGAGGGCGGGGAGAAAUGCACAAAGCACGAGUCAGCGAGGGGACCUCGGGGAUGGAGGACGACUGGAAUUCCCCCGAACCGUUACUGACGGGUUCGACAUCAAGACCGCAAGAAAGCAGAGGCCAAGGAGGGAGCUCUGUUGAGUGGGGGGCGAGAACAGCGGGAGGCGGCAGCGGGCGAGGAGGCCAUGGUGGAGGGACACCCUCUUCACGCAAAGCUGUGGAACGCGAAUCUUCAUAUGGCACUGAGCAGGGGUACUCACGAGGCGUCCCAGAUGAUUCUUCUUCAGGGGGGGGUCGCAAGCCAAAGGGAGACCGGGGCUGCUGUCGACGCUGCACAUGGCUUGUUCCCACGGUUGUGAUAGCUUGCUGCGUUGUGUUUGUCAUUUCGAUGUACCGAAACAACUGUUCUGAGAACGCUGGUGCCGCAGCGAACAAAUGUUUCCUCCCUUCUCUCGGUCGCUUCUCUUUUGAGCCCCUGAAGAUGAAUCCAAUGAUCGGCCCAUCACCGAGAACGCUUUUGAAUUUUGGCGCGCUGGAAACGGAGUUGUUGCGGAAGCGGCACAAGAACAAGUACCGGCUCUUUACGUAUGUCUGGCUUCAUGCUGGCGUUGUUCAUCUUGUGCUGAACAUGCUGGGUGUGCUGGUGAUCGGAUUGCGCCUAGAGCAGGAAUUUGGACCAUGGAGAACACUGCUUGUCUACCUUGUCAGCGCUUUUGGCGGGAGUUUGAUGAGCGCGUUGCUUUUGGCGGGAGGUGUAAUCGUAGUGGGCGCCUCCGGUGCUCUCUUCGGCCUUUUAGGUGCCACAUUGGCAGAAUUGAUCGUUAAUUGGACCAUCUACGGCCGGCGAAUCAGCACGCUCGUCACGUUGAUCUUCUUGAUUGUCGUCAAUCUCCUUGUCGGAUUGACUCCUCUCGUCGACAACUUCUCUCACAUUGGCGGCUUUGUCUCCGGCUUGCUUCUUGGGUUCGUCUUCCUCGUGAAGCCGCAGUUCGGUUACCUCGCCGAUGACAUUCAAUUUAAAUACAAUGGCUACAAGGACUACACUGUGUACCCGGUUCCUCCUCUCCCUAUGGACGAUCCGUAUGUUGUUAUCCGUCCUGGUGCCCCGCCCAAGAGGAAACAUAACCAGUUCCAGAGAACUAUGCGCUGCAUCGCCUUUGCAUUGCUGCUGUUCGGAUUGGCCUCCGCCACCGCGUUCGUGUUGCUCAACGUCGACGGCAAUAAAGCAUGCUCGUGGUGCAAGUAUAUGGAUUGCGUCGAGACCCGUUUUUGGGAUUGCGACCGGCAGGUGAGAACAGUAAGCUGUACCUUGAUCAUAGAGGGCGAUACAAGUAUCACCUGUCCUGACGGUAUUAGGCACUUCCCGCUGCCGGUCAACGCUUCCCAAAGGGAGAUCGAGAGAACUUGUGUGAACAAUUGUACUUAGGUCCCUCGGUAUCUGUGUAUGUGUGCUUGUGUGGUAUGCUUGACUCUAUCAGUGGCAUGGACGCUUGCUUCGUCAGUGUGCUUCAGUCACUCUGCAUUCCAAUCCAAUCAGCUGGUAUUUCUUUGGGGCUCCAUCAAAAGUCUGUGGAUGUGUCGGUCCCGUAUUCAUCUAUCCCCUUCUUUCCUCCACGAAGAACUAGAAACCUUUAUACGUGCGAGGAGAUUCCCUCCUUCGUUGUAGGUCUGCCGUGACAAGCCCUACUUGUGAAGGCACAAUUGUGGCCUUUGGAAGGGGAGGAGGGACUUGUUCUUCUCUGGAGGUGUUGCUGUCGAUGGUGUUGAUUUUCCAACCGGCGUGGUGGCCUCCAGGAAAGCGAGGUUUCCGGCUUUUGUGUGUUUCUCCCAGCAAAGUGAAACCAUUGAUUUGGGGGGGGGGGGGGGGGGGAAGGGCAGGAAGUGGCCUCUCUGUUCCCAAAGCUGGGGGGCGCACGGCCCCACCAAGAUCAUGACUACGCAGUCGCGUGGGGAGACACACAUAGAGAGAGAGAGAGAGGGAGAGAGAGAGAGAGAGAGAGAGAGAGAGAGAGAGAGAGAGAGAGAGAGAGAGAGAGAGAGAGAGAGAGGGAGAGAGGGAGACAGAUGGGUAGGCGAGCCGUGUUGCAAUCGCAGUGCACGUGGAGGGAACACCCGUGCGUGCUUGAAUGGCGUUCUUCUAUUGGCGCGCGUUCUGUGGAUGGUAUUCUCCUUUCGCAAGUUUGUGUCUAUCGCGCAGGCGGUCAGCAUGUGGCGGUGUGGACGUGGCAACCGAGGAGACUAAGGCUCAUGACGAUCAGGAACAGAGGGACACAUGGAAGAAUUUCGACAAGUGAUGUUUCACUGGUCCACUACAGGGUUGAUGGAGAGCUGGGAGGAACCGGGUUAGGGGGAGUCGAUUUGUCACAUAAAAAUCAACAGGAAUGCAUCAGCUAAAGAGGGACUGGAGGGGGUGGGGGGUUGGGGGUGAAGUCGAGGAAGAAGGAUGCCUCUGCGGCUCUUUCGUUAGAUGUGACGAGCUCCAUCACUUGAGGUCUGGCAUUGGUCGAUUGUCGAGUUGUCGAUCUAUCCUUCCACGUAUCCCUAGCUCAGACGACGUUUUGGCAUGUGCAGCUGAUCUAAUUGUGCUUCCCAAAGGUAAAUAGUCCAAGGGCCUCGUCGUCGGUUUUGGAGGGGGGGGGUAUGUGGUCACAGGUCAUCUGUGUUCACUCCCACAUCGGUGAUUGGGGUUUGGGAUUGACUUGGGUGUGGGCGGUGCGGCAGUGGGAAAUGGUGGGCUGAAAGCGAGGCACAGGGGGAGGAAACAGCCGAUCAAAACAAGGGCGGGCAGUCUCAUUAGAAAUGAAUGCAGCUUACGCGG